GUAACACUUUCGUUUAUAUUUGAUAUUCGUUUGUAUUUGAUAAUUAGUGUCUAACUAUAAACUAGCUAAACUUAAAAAAUUUGUCUCGUAAAUUAUAGAAAAAAUAUAUAAUUAAUUAUUUUUUAUCUAUAUAUUAAUGUUUCUUUUAAAGAUUCGAUGUGACAGGCACCGAAGCAGCCCGGAAGCUUCGUGCACAUAAACAUAUAUGCCUCGUCUAACAAACCCUUAAUUAAAACAUAAAAAAUCUGGCUACAAAUAGCAGCAACCCCACUGCCCUGCCCACCGAGUGGCGAGUGCCAUCAACCAACAAAGAAGAUCACGGUCGACGACGACUACGGCCGGCGAGAGCAAGCAAAAAUGAGCGGCAGCGCCGCCGUAAAGGUGAUCGGCUUCUUCGACAGCCCGUUCAGCCACCGCGCGGAGGCGGCGCUCUGCCUCAAGGGAGUUCCCUACGAGCUCAUCCAGGAGAAGGACCUGCGCAACAAGAGCGAGCUGCUGCUGCACCACAACCCCGUGCACAAGAAGGUGCCCGUGCUCCUCCACGGCGACCGCCGCGCCGUCUGCGAGUCGCUCGUCAUCGUCGAGUACGUCGACGAGGCGUUCCACGGCCCGCCGCUCCUCCCCGCCGACCCCGCCGACCGCGCCGCCGCCCGCUUCUGGGCCCGCUUCAUCGAAGACAAGUGCUCGACGUCGUUCUGGCUGGCGAUGUGGACGGAGGGCGAGGUGCAGCAGGGGUUCAUGAGGGAGAUCAAGGAGAACCUCAAGCUGCUGGAGGGGCAGGUGAAGGGGAAGCGGUUCUUCGGCGGCGACGACGUGGGCUACCUCGACGUCGCCGCCAGCGGGUUCGCGCACUGGCUCCCGGUCUGCGAGGAGGUCGCUGGCGUCAGCGUGGUCACCGCCGAGGAGUACCCGGACCUGUGCCGGUGGGCGAGGGAGUACACCUCCCACGACGCCGUGAAGCAGUGCCUGCCCGACAGGGAGGAGCUGCUCGCCCGUUUCAGCGCCAGGAAGGACUCGUUUGUGGCCACGGCGAGGUCAAUGGCGCCGGCGCCGGAGAAGAAGUAGUAAUCCUGCCUGCGUGCAUGCCACAGUAGGAAUUAAUUGUUUGUGUCGAGGUCAAUAUGGGUUGUUGAAAAUGGGUGCAUGGAUAACAUAAAAGAAUUGUAACAAGUGGUCAGGACUGCUGUCACGUAUGAUGGCUCCCGGGUGUUUGGUUCCAACUUUGUUUGACUGCUUGAAUAAAAAAGAAAGUACCGGCUGUGUUCCUUAAUUAAA